AUGCCGGCGGCCUGCACCGCAGAGUACACUGUUCGCCUCGCCGCCACCGCUGAAGAGGUGGCACACUGCCAGUCUCUUCGACGUGAGGUGUUUGUCCAGGAACAAAAGCUUCCUGCGGAGGCAGAGGAUGAUGGACUGGAUCCAGAUGCCCUGCACAUCAUGUGCACUGAGGACAGCCAGCUGAUUGCAACUGGGCGGGUCCUGAUCACCCGCCCAGUUGCGUCUGAGUCCAGGGCGGUCCUUGCUCGGGUCGCCGUCAAAGCGGACCACCGAGGCCGAGGUUUGGGGAGUCGGAUUGUACAGGAGCUCGAGACACUCGCCCGAUCCAAAGGGGCCAGCCAUGCAAGCUUAACUCCGCACCACUACCUGGAGCGGUUCUAUUCGCGCAUGGGAUAUCGACGGCCUUCCAAUGAUGCCAUCAUCCACAUCACUGACGAGUGCCAGCUCAUAACAAUGGAGAAAUGCCUUGAUGUGGGAUAG